AUGGCCCCGUGUGACGACGUCGACGAGCUCAAGUGCACGGGGGUCGACAAGACACUCGACCUGAAGGGCAUAAAAAGCUGCAGCCAGGUCACUGUGGGCUGCUACAAGUUCCCAAUUGCCUGCGGCAAGUUGACCUUGGACGGAGGCUCUUGCCCCAAAUGCUCCGUCACCGCCACUGGCAUCAAGCUCGAGUGCAAGGACUAUUCAUGCAGCAGCGACAACCCCAAGACGUACAGCGGAGGGUUCUGCGGCGACCCUCACUUCUCGGCUCCCGGGGGCAUUUACUUCGACUGGCACGGCGUGCGUGACGAGGUCUUCAGCAUCAUCUCUGACACUGACUUCCAGCUGAAUGCCCGCUUCGUUGGUGAGCGCGAUAACACGGAGGAUGUCGAGCACGGCACCUGGAUCGAGGAGAUAGCCAUGGGCUUCAAGGACGAGUCUGGCGCGACCCACUUUGUGAGCAUUGGCAUCGACCAGGAGAAGGAGUUCGAGGCCGCUGACGUCUUCUUCUUCACCUUCGACGGGGAGGACAUCCCAGUCGGCUCGGGCACCGCCGAGUACACUUGGGCGUCCCCCGAUGGCCGGGCGACCAUCACGCGCGAGCCCCACAUGCGCGCGCAAGCCCGCAUCAAGAUCGACGGCCUCUUCGAAGCCACGUUCAACCCCCGCGUCGAGAGCCGCAUCCAGUUGGACCCCCUCGGCAAGUACCUCGACAUGAACAUGGAGAGCAUCACCCUCUCCCGCCACGCUCACGGUGUCCUGGGCCAGAUGUUCCGCCCGGAUGCUGUCGAGCGCCGGAAUGCCGUCACGGCCAACGCGACGGGUCACGACUUCCUGGUGGAGGGCAAAACCGACUACUACCGCGUGUCCUCGCUGACGUCAGCCGACAGCGACUUCAACCAGUUCAAUCUUGCCGCUGGCGUCACUUUGCGCAACGUCAACAUGAUCGAGGACGGCGCCAAGGCCUCGCGCAAGAUGCUGACGUCAGCGGAGCUUUCCGCUGCUGAUGACGCCAGCGUGACGGUCAGCGCGCGGUGCAGCCAGGAGACGGGGUCGCUGGUCUGCUUCUAG